AUCCUUUGUGUUUAUUCCUGUCGUGCUUUUACUUUCACACGACGGCGGAACUUUUAUUUUCGUUUAUCAUCACUUCCGGGUUUUGUCGGCGGACAUAUUGGGAAGGGGCACAGAUGAGCGUUUCGGCGAGCUCAAAACUGCAUUUAUGUUUCCUUUAACAUUUUCCAUCUGUGUUUUCGUUCGGAAGUAUAUUAGGAUAUUUUUAAAAAUAAAAUUUUAGCCCCUGGUUGAGUUUUUAGCCGGUGUUUAAGAGAUGAGCAGUAAUAUUAAUAAGAGAGCCCCUGCGACAGCGACACAGAGGUUAAAACAGGAUUACCUGCGAAUAAAGAAAGAUCCCGUCCCAUACAUUUGUGCAGAACCACUCCCUUCAAACAUACUGGAAUGGCACUAUCUUGUCCGAGGUCCUGAGAAAACGCCAUAUGAAGGUGGGUAUUAUCACGGGAAGCUCAUAUUCCCGAGAGAAUUCCCGUUCAAACCACCGAGCAUAUACAUGAUCACACCCAACGGCAGGUUUAAAUGUAACACGAGAUUGUGUCUCUCCAUUACUGAUUUUCACCCGGACACGUGGAACCCUGCGUGGUCAGUGUCCACCAUCCUCACUGGCCUCCUGAGCUUCAUGGUGGAAAAAGGUCCCACUCUGGGCAGCAUAGAAACAUCCGAUUUUACCAAAAGACAGCUUGCCUCGCAGAGCCUCGCCUUUAACAUUAAGGACAAAGUGUUCUGCGAGCUCUUCCCAGAUGUCAUCGAUGAGAUCAAGCAGAAGCAGCGACUGCAAGAAGAGCUGAGUUCCCGCUCUCAGGCCCUCCCUCUGCCCGACGUCGUGCCCAACAGCGAGGCCCAGAACGGACACGUGCCUGCCAGGGUGGCCCCGCCCCCUGACCACCAGCAGGUCAACCGCAACCAUGGACUCCUCGGAGGAGCGCUCGCGAACCUGUUCGUCAUCGUCGGCUUCGCCGCUUUCGCAUACACGGUCAAGUACGUGCUGCGGAGCAUCGCGCAGGAAUAAACACGGAGAACACCGGACCUCCUCUUAGACCAAAAACACAAGGUGGUGUCGUCUUGUGUCCAAAUCUAAACCAAACAGGGCUAUUGGUGAGUUAGUGAGUGUCCCAGCAAAGGAAAGGAGUCACAGGAUGCCCUUAUUCCAGCUAAAGACAGUCGAGGUGUUUAUAGGUAAAGAAAUGUAACAUCAUAACAGGAAUUAUUUUGUCCACGUGGCACGCUUGAGAGUUUGUGUGUGAAGGACGGCGAUUUUGUGAGCAAUCAUCUCGCUGCGCGUCAUUGUCCUGUGCCUUUUAUAAUCCUCCUGUUCCAGUUCAACUGAGACAUGGUGGGCUAUAAACAAGCUCAACCUUAUCAAUAAGGAUGAAUUUUUGUCAUCCGUAUGGUUUUAUUUUCUGUUUACGAGAAGGUUAUUUUGUAUUUUGCGCAACCUAGAACAGCAGCACCAUCACCACUGGUCAUAAGGAAUGGUGUGAAGGAGAAACGGGCUGAUUCAGAUAGUCUGAUGUGAAAUAUGAAUUUGUCGUGAAUGGUCAGAUCUUGCACAUAUGAAGAUGUUUAUAUAUAAAGUAUGCAGGGGUUUUUUUCAGGUAGAUAAAACUCACGUUAUAUUCUUUGUUAUGAGAGUAGCCUAGGAGAGUUUGCCCCACAAGCUUAGUGGUGUGUAGUGGUUUUUGUUUUUUCUCUGAAAAAAAAUUGUUGUAGAAAAGAACUGCUGCUAUCUGAAGAGUAUGUCCUUCUUGAAUCCUUGCCAACAUCAGAAACGAGCUCAAGGUCCAGUAAAUGAUUCAAGUUUGACCUUGUUAUCACUUUAUAUAUUCUAGCAGCUAUUCAACAGUUAUUCCACCAAAUCGAGUCGUACACGAGCUGAUAGCCGACGAGGCGCGUAGCACCGAGCUGUCUAUAAGCCGUGUAUGACGAGAUUGAGUCGAAUAACUGUUUUAUUCUCUCCACAUUCACUGGAUUUUGAGGAACGGAGCAUUUUUAUUUGUAUUUUUUGCAAAUUCGAUCAAUAAAAACUUUGUACAAAACGUCCGACAAAAUAAUUUCUGCUUAGAAUGUAAACAAACUGGCGAAAUGACAGUAACAUUCAUUCAUUCUCAUUAUCUCUAGCCGCUUUAUCCUGUUCUACAGGCAAGCUGGAGCCUAUCCCAGCUGACUACGGGCGAAAGGCGGGGUACACCCUGGACAAGUCACCAGGUCAUCACAGGGCUGACACAUAGACACAGACAACCAUUCACACUCACAUUCACACCUACGCUCAAUUUAGAGUCACCAGUUAACCUAAC